CUUUUUUGUGAAGAAGAGUUAAAAAUGGCGACAGAAAAAAAUGUCUGAUGUGAAAAUUUACCUUAUUUGAUCAUUUUUCAAGUUCUGUUUACCAAUUUAUUUUACCUUGCAUUUAUUCAUAAUGGAAAAUAAUCAAAGAUUGGUAGAAAAUCCCUUUGCAGCUCUUUUUCCUAGUUUAUCAGAAGCACAACAGUUUAGUAGUGAAAAACAUAUCGAAAAAGGUAACACUGAGAGAAGUCCUACUGAAGGUCAGAGUGUAGAGAUUAAACUAGAGAUCAAUAAACUGAUAGAAGAUAUUUUUCUUCUUACAUUAGAUAAAGAUUAUGAUGAUGGGAAGAAAGGAUGUACUCAUUUAAAAGAAUUAGCUGAAAUAUUGUCUGAUCAAACAUGGUUAGACAUGGAAAAUCUAUCACAAGCUGUAUUUGAAAGAUUAAUGAUAGAAUCACCAGAAGAGUUUUUAGUUCCCUCAACAUCCAGUAAUUUAACAGCCAAUGAACCAUUAGUUUUAAACUAUUUAUCUCAAUGUUAUGAUAGAUUAAUAAAUAUACAACUCAAUUCUCAGAAAGAAGAAUUAAAGCCAUGUUUAAAGGAAUGUAAAAAUGUAAUAAUAUUAAAUACUAAAACAUGUUUAUUACAAACUGAAUUAUUUCCUUCUCAAAAUUUAUACCAACAAUUUAUAGAUCUUUACCUGUUGGAAUCAGGGGCAAUUUUUGGUGAUGAUAACAGUAAUAUAACAGAAUAUUUUCUACAAGUAUUACAGUCUAUAAUAGAUGAUAGAGAUUGUAAUAUAGAUGAUGUAACCUACCCUAUAUUCGACCUAAUCAAAGACAAAUUUACUAAAAUGGUGCUAGUCAGUGCAGAUAAGACACAAUAUAUUCAUUUAUGUAAAUUUUUUACCAAACUUCCAGCCCUAGCUCUGUCAUUUAUGAAGUAUAAUUCCCCUAAAGAUUGGAAGAGUGGUAAAUCAUAUGAGACAACAUUAUUAGGUUCUAUGUUAAGUUUGACAUGUAUACCAAAAAAUGAAGCUGGACCGUAUGAUUUCUUUAAUGAUCCAUCAUCAUAUAGGAAACAUAUACAUGAUAAUACAGAGUCUAACAUCUGGGCGGAGUUGGUAACAUUAAAUGAGAAGAUUCAUUUAUUAGUUUAUUCAUUAAUCAAAGUUUCAGCAGACAUCAAACAUUUAGUUUUAAAAUGGAUUGGAAAAUGUCUCGAGGCUAAUCAAGGUAGAACAAAAAUAUGGUCCAAUCAGAUGCCACAACUGUUCAACCAAUUGUAUUCAUCUGAAGGAUUUUGUUUGAAUCUCAAUUAUCUUCUGCUAAAAUUAUGUCAGCCAUUUUGUGAGCCGAUGUCAGUGAAAUUGUUGAAGAUACAGUGUAAUUAUGUUAAAGCUACUAGCUCUGAUGAAAAUGAUAUAAAAACUCGUGGAAUCCAUUCAGGAGGUUUAAAGGAAGAAACAUGUUUAAUACCAGUGAAAGAAGGUGAAGAUAUCAAUAUUGAUAAUACAGAAACAUACAAUUUUAUAACUGAAUGUUUCUUUAUGGCUCAACAGUGUACCAACCUAGGUUUUCACACGGUCCAUACUAAAUUUACUAAAUUAAAUCAAGAUCUACAUCGAGUUCAAAGACUAUAUCAAGAUGUCCGCCCACAGGCAGCCAGUGAAGAUGUAGAACCUAUAAGAAGUAUCAAAGCACAGAUGGAAAAGGGUAUGACAUUAUUUCUGAGUAUGAAAGCAGCCUUGACAAUACCCCAGCUAUUAGAGAUGAGUUUAAAUCUACAUAUAGCUACAGCCACGUGGUUGAGUCAGAUGGCAAUAGAUGAUGGAGUCAGUGAAAUGCAGCAAGUAAAAUUACCUUUACCACAACAUGUACCACAUAGUUUAAAACUCAUACCAGAAUUUGUCAUGGGAAAUCUCAAUGAUUUUAUUCUAUUUCUUCAUCGAUUCCAAGAUGAAUUAUUUGAGUAUGCAGGAGAAAAAGUGAAAUAUUUUAUGACUUUAAUCCUGGUAUUUAUGGGAAAUCCUGAAAGAAUGAAUAAUCCACAUCUCCGAGCUGAACUAGCUGAUACCUUAUCAUCUUUAAUGCCACCAGAUCCUAAUUCUAAAAGUGGUGGAGGGGGGUUAUUUCAUAGAGAGAAGUUGUUCAGUGAACAUGAACUAAUAGAUCAUUUAGCUGAUAAAUUACUACAUGUAUUUGUGAGUAUUGAGAUGACUGGACAGAGUGUAGAGUUUGAACAGAAGUUUAACUAUCGUAGACCAAUGUAUAUUGUACUAGAGUAUAUCUGGAAUAUUGAUGUACAUAAGCAAGCUAUUAAGGAAUUAUCUGACUAUGCUGAGAGAAACAUAGAAUAUCCAGAAGCACCAUUAUUUUUAAGAUUUAUAAAUUUAUUAAUUAAUGAUGCCAUAUUUUUAUUAGAUGAAGCCUUAUCGUAUAUGAUGCAAAUUAAGGAAAAACAACAAGAGAAAGAACGAGGAGAUUGGGAGAAUUUAGAAUCAAGACAAAGACAACAAACAGAACAGAACUUUCAACUACUGGGCAAUAUAGCUCGUUAUCACAACGUUAUGGCUAAUUACACCAUUCAUUCGUUAGAGUUAUUAACAAGGGAAAUUAAGAGUAUAUUCUGUAAUAAUACUAUGGUAGACAGAAUAGCAGCUAUGUUGAAUUAUUUCUUAGUUCAUUUGGUUGGACCUAAACAGAAGAAUUUUAAUGUUAAAGAUAAAAAUGAUUAUGAGUUCAAACCUCAACAAAUUGUCUCAGAUAUCUGUAAAAUUUAUUUAAAUUUGGGUGAAAAUGAUGAUUUUUGUAUGGCUGUUUCAAAUGAUGGUCGAUCUUAUUCAACAGAGUUGUUUCCUAAAACAAUACAGGUUUUACAGAAAAUAGGCACCGACCCUGUCGUUAUUAGUGAUUUUCUGGGUUUAGAUGAUAAAAUUAGGGGCAUGCAAGAAAAAACUCAAGCAGAAGAUGACCUAGUAGAAGAGGCACCAGAAGAAUUUUUAGAUCCUAUUUUAGGCAGUUUGAUGAAAGACCCUGUGUUAUUACCAACUUCUAAUACUAUAGUUGAUAGAGCUGUUAUUUCUAGACACAUAUUAAGUGAUCAAUCAGACCCUUUCAACAGAGCCCCAUUAACCAUGGAUAUGGUAGUACCUCAAACUGAUCUUAAACUCAAAAUUGAAGAAUGGAGGAAAUCUAAGUUGUCUUGAUUAAUGAUGUGGGAUUUUUUUGUAAUUUAUUGAAAUAAUCAUGAUGGGUAUACUGAAAAUAAAAAUUGUUUAAUGUGU